CUGUGGAUUUUGGCAGCCGAUCCCGUCUGGGAACUGAGCAGGGAGGCAGAAAAUGAAAGCCGGCUGCAGCAUCGUGGACAAGCCCGAAGGAGGAGGGGGCUACCAUUUCCCAGAGUGGGCUUACAAGACGGAGUCGAGCCCCGGCUCCCGGCAGAUCCAGCUGUGGCAUUUCAUCCUGGAGCUGCUCCAGAAGGAGGAAUUCCGGCACGUCAUCGCCUGGCAGCAGGGGGAAUACGGGGAAUUCGUCAUCAAGGACCCCGACGAGGUCGCUCGGCUCUGGGGGCGACGCAAGUGCAAGCCCCAGAUGAAUUAUGACAAGCUCAGCCGAGCCCUCAGAUAUUACUACAACAAGAGGAUCCUGCACAAGACCAAGGGCAAAAGAUUCACCUACAAAUUCAACUUCAACAAAUUGGUGAUGCCAAAUUAUCCCUUCAUCAACAUCCGGCCCAACGGCGUCGUCCCUCAGAGCGCUCCGCCCGUCCCCACCGCCUCUUCCCGCUUCCACUUCCCCCCUCUGGACCCUCACUCCCCCACCGACGAUUCCCAAUCCCGCUUCCCGCCGGGAUCCCUGCUCCAGCCUCACCCCGAAUCCUUGGGAGACGCCGACAGGAAGCCGGAAUCCUCGGAAUUGGAGGAAAACCCUUCGGAUUGGCGCCGGGAUCUGCUGGCUCCGUCUCAUUCAUCCGCCGCCGGCGCCGCCGCCGCCGCCGCCGCCGCUCCCAAACGCAAGCCCGACGUGGUUCUCCCGCUGUUUUCCAGACCGGGAAUUUUCCCGGAUCACCCUCACAGCCCUUUCGCCGUCUCGCCGUUGGCGGGGCGUCCCGGCGUGCUCAACGUUCCCAUUUCCCCGGCCUUAUCCCUGACUCCGACGCUCUUUUCCUACAGCCCCUCGCCGGGGCUGAGCCCGUUCGCCGCCGGGAGCAGCUGCUUCUCCUUCAACCCCGAGGAAAUGAAGCACUACCUGCAUUCCCAAGCCUGCUCCGUGUUCAAUUAUCACCUGAGCCCUCGGACUUUUCCGCGUUAUCCCUUGGUGGUGCCGCCCUUGCAGUGCCCGGUGCCGCUGGAGGAGCAGCCGCAAUUCCCCAUCAAGCUCCAACCUCCUCCCGCCGGCCGGAAAAACCGGGAAAGGCUGGAAAGCCCCGAGGCGGCUCCGGUGAAUCCCAGGGUGAAGGUGGAGCUGGAGGAGAAAGAGGAAAAAGGGGAAAAACGGGAGGAGGAGGAGGAGGAGGAGGAGGAGGAGGAAGAAGGGAAAACGGUUUUCGCCCGGCCGGCGGCUCCGGCGUGGAUCCCGGCGCAUCCCGGUUUUUCCGGAGACGACGGCGCCGAGAAAACAUCCCGGGAUUCCUCGGGCGACGCCGGCAAUCCGGAGAGGAGGGAGGACGCCCUGAUGCCGCCCAAGCUGAGGCUGAAACGCCGCUGGAACGGAGAUUCCCGGCAGGAAAUUCCCGAGGAUUCCCGGCAAAACGGGAUCUGGCACCUCCCCAAAGCCGUGGCCGCCGCUUCCGACACCUAAUCCCGGGAAAAACGCAAAACGAAACACACAAACACACACAAAAAUCACCUUGGGAGAACGGCCGGCAAAGAAAUCCGUGUAUUUAUGUAGCAAGGUUGCCGAGAAAUUCGGGAUAAAAAAA